CCUUGGGGUCGACGUGACGCAGUUUGGAAUUCCCACAGUUCCCAAGUUCACAAGAGGAGAGGGUCGUUCUUCCCAAAAUACGAGACGUUUUCAAGGAUAUCACAAAGCUUGAUCUGUGUCGUGCUGUGCCACGCUGAGCCUGGAGAGGGCGAUGUCUGACAGCAGCAACAGCACUGGCAGCACCGGCUCCUCCACCAACAGCUGGACCCUCCUCUCUCCUGAGGAAGCUGCCAUAGGAAAUGUGGGUCCUGUGGACGAUGGGACUGAGAGCCUGGGUGAUGCCCCGAGUCUCUCCGAGGAUGUCGCAGGAGCUUCUGCUGAUUACAAACCAGCUGAAAUUCCGAUAGAAACGAUCCUCUCUGAAGAAGGUCAUCAGAUCUGUCAAGAGACGUCCCCAGAGUCUAGUGAAGGUCCCGUCCCUUCUAGUCCUCCCCGGAUGAGCCCACUUCCCCCCCUGGACCCUCCAGACCUGGAUCUGGAGAGUCAGGCUCCAGUUAUCCAUGAUAUCGUAGCCAGCUCCCCAAGUGACAACGAGCCCCAGGGUGUCAUGUCUUUCAUCACCAACAUCGAUUUGGGGGCUCCACUCGAUAUUCCGCCUGUUGAAAUACCGCAGCUUGAGCCCGAGGGGGAAACAUCUGAGUCUCCUUUUGCUGGUGAGCUCGACGCACCUGCUGAUUCUGGGCCGAUCCCUUCAACUCAUGUGGAGGAGAGUCAUGCCUGCAAGGCUGAACCCAGGGUUCACGUCCCCACAGAGACUCUCACAGCCACUGAUCUUCCAUCUCACACUGAAGCUGAAAUCAGCUUCAUCCCCGACAGCACAGAACCCCCGAGCACCGUUCCUGAGAGUUUAGGCGUGAUUGACCAUCCAGGGGAUGAAAGUCUUACACCAGAGACUGUGGGUUCAGCGGAGAUCCAGGUGGAGGAGGUGGAGGAGGCUGCUGGAGAAGAAAUAUCUGAGCCAGCCACUCAGGAUGAGAGAGAAGAUGAAGAAGGUAUGGAAUUAGAGCCAUCCAGCAGUUUUGAGUUGGGUGACACAAGCAGCGUUGAUGACGGACUGAGGAGGAGAAAUGUGCCCUCCUUUGACGCACCCAGACCAAGAACUUCAGAUGAGGAAGAUGAGGAGGAGGAGGUGGAAUUUAAGCUUGCUGAAAAGAAGGAGGAAAAGCCAUGGUUCUCCAUGAACACAUGUGUGGUGGCGGCUCUGGUCCUGCUCUUCCUGGGUUCCCUGUUUCUCUCAGGCGACUUUGAAGGCUCUGAAGUGAGCGAUGGAGAACAAAGUCAGGAUGAGCUUAGUGGUGAUCCACAGGAUAUGAAAGCGCUAUUGGAUAAACUGACACAGGAAAACCAGCAAAUCACUCAGCUAGAGGCUCAGCUACAGACUCAAAAGGAAGAACUUGACUCUGAGAUGAAGGCGGUAGCUGCAAGCGGCGAUGAAAAGGGCACAGCAGACUUGGAAAAAGAAAAUGCAAAGCUGAAGGAGGAGCUGACGUCUCUGCCUGCGCUGAAGAAAGAGCUGGAGAGUCUCCGGGUUAGAGUGACUGAACUCAGCCAGCUCACAGCUGAACUGGAAAUAGUUCCAGCAACUUCUACUCCAGUCUCUCAACCCGAUGAGAACGAUGCUCAGAUUUCUCACAAAGCAGCCGGACCAGAGAGGAGCGAGGAUGCACAUCCAGACAGAAAGCUGAAGGAAGAGCUCCAGCGGCAGAAGCUUCUUCUAGAGGAGAGCAGGAAACGAUUGGAGGGGAUGAAAAAAGGUGGCAGCGAUAGAAAACAAGUACGGGACAACUUACAGAAGAUCCAGAGAGAGCUCUCCGAACACGUUGAGAAGUGGAGAAAGAAGAAGCCACAGGAGUCCAAAUGGAAAGGGAACAAAGGCAAACACAACGACAAGGACCACUGGAAGAAAGAAGAAAAGAGGGAGUGGAAGCACAGCAAAGAUGGAAGACCGAAGGAAAGAGAGGAGAAGGAGAGGGAGUGGAAGCCUCAGAAGCAGAACUCUCACAAAGAAGCCUGGAGGAAACACCAGGACGAGUGGGACAGGAAGAAGGGCGAGCGGAGGAUGGACAGAGAGGAAAGGAGGAAGGAGAAACCGUGGCACGGCGGGUUGGGUAAAAACUCUCAGCAUCACCAGCCCCAGCAUCCUCCACCCCGUCAGUCCCACCAUCACCACCACGACGACUUCUGGAGAGACCAGGAGCAGAAGCUGCAGGGCAACGUGCGGCCCCAGCUGGGCUGCUCGUCCAUAGAGGACUGCGCCGGCCGGGAGGGGCUCUACCCGGUGGAGCUGCCGGAGUUCGAGGAGCUGCUGGAGGGAUACCUGAGCAAGCUCCAACGCUCCUCCACCGACAGCAAAGACAAGGUCCGGAAGCUCACCGCUGAUUUCUUCGAGGACGGCGUGUUCAUCCACGACAGGGUUCGCUUCAGCGACUUCGCCGAGGACGUGGCGGACGUUCUGGAAGACAUGGUGGACGUGUUGGAGGGCGGCAAGAUGAAAGAGGACGACUCCCUGGAGGAAGAGAUGGAGGAGUUUGAGCGAGAGGCCAUGUGGAAGUUUGCUGCCACUGCUUAAAAAAAGCACAGCGGAAGGUGGGAGGGGCAGCAGUUUUCUGACAUUUCUACCCCACCUUCUCCUCCUGUAAUUGUAGUAGCCUUUGGUCUGGAGUUGUUGUGCCUCAAAAAUGUGUCCCCUCCACGUCACUAAUUAUAAGCUAGAGUUGUGUUUUGCUAUUUUGGACUUAGUUGUUGUUACCUACCUCUGUCGGGUCGUGCCCCCUGCAGUGAAGUCCCUCACUAAUGUGUUGUGUGAGUUUUCCUUUGCCAUUUAAUGCUGUAUACAAUGCAUGUUAUUGUCUGUGAUAUACAUGUAAACUCAGAUCCCACAAAAAAACAGGGCUUUCGAGGGGAGGAGAGAGAUAUUUCUACCUAAUGCUACUGGGCACCGUGCAGUGAGGAAAUUGGUAUGAUUCAUACAGAAUUACAUUUUUUUUUAAAUAAACGGUAUACUUUUCCAUGUUUUCAAAAAGAAACAUUCUCCGGUCCAAGAAACUUCCUCAGAUACCAUUUUUUUUUUCCAGGUGCUGUAAUUAAUUGUUGAGUCCCGAAAGAAAGAGGAGCUUGACGUCUGUCAGUUCAGAUAAAAUCAGCUCAGACCAGUUGUUUUUUUUCCACUUAGUAAAUUUGAAGCUUACUUCUGGAGAGCCCUCAGCGACAUUUCAUCCUCCGUCUCACUCUCGUCAGUUGAGAACAGAUGUGAGGAAUUAGUUUGUGCUAUUGACGGGGAAAAAAAGAAAGAAAGAAAGAAGGGAAAACAUUUGAUAGCCAUAGUUAAACUGACUGCUAAGCCACUUUAGCAAUUUCCUCAAAUAUCUCCGAAAUCUUCUUUUUCAUUUCUAUUAGUUUCUGUUUCCGUGAGACAAUUAUCUUUCAUGUAUUUUUGUACUUUAUCCGUGGUGUUCCUUACUCCCAGCACAUUCUGAGUAAAAGUACAGGAGUCACUAAUGUGCAUUUAUCCCCAAAGAGUUUCCAUUAGUUGGGUUGAUUCACCACAACCAGAUUUGCAGGCAAACUGCUAUUUUUUUUUUUUUGUUCCUUUUGCUUAUUAUUUAGUUCAAAAAUAGAUAUUAGUUGACACGCAUGUGGUGAUUUGAUGUAGUUUUUUGGGGAGUGUAGCAAUAAAGGAAAAAAAAAAAACAAAUUAGAUGCAGUAUAAGAUUUAGUUUUCAAGAUGAAUAAUCCAGACAAAGGUAAAACAAGAACAGCGGUCCGGUGUUACUCUUCAGUGAAGAGGAAGACAAAAAAUGUCACUUUUGACCCCCCCCCCCAUGUUGAUGUGAAGGCAACAUAGACAUAUUGUGAUUGUUCUUUCUUUUUUCUGUUUCAGUGACUGAAAGACGCUUUGAAGUGUUUGAUUAUUUAUUCUGUCGCUUCACUGAGACGGUUUUCCUCUUUUUUUUUUUUUUUUUUUUAACGAGGAGCCAAAGUCCCAGGCGACUAGGCGCUGAAUGUUCAAAUGGUUUUCAUUUACUUUGCUCUUGAGACAUUUAGCUUACCUGCUGCUGUGCCUUUAACAUGGUUGUAGAUGGCAAAAAUAGCUGUUUGAUUUCAUUUGCUCCUGCGAAGAAGAAAGAAAGAAAGCUAGUUUACAUUACGUUCAUUGUACUGCUGUUCUGUAGGGUAGAGAUUGAAUGUCGGAGAGUUUACACACAACGUGUUGAACUGGUUUUUGUUGAUCGUUUUCUGCUGUUUUUUAGCAGGGGACUUUCUCUGAAGGUUCGUAGACCAAAGGGUUUGAAGGAAAAGGGUGCUCUAAUCUCACCAGAAAUGAGUUAUUUGAAUGAAUUCAUCAAUAUUUGAUAAGUAUUCCUGUGUUUGCGGGAGAACGGUAGGGCUCUGUGCUUACUGGUGCAGUAGGAUUCAGCACAGAUGUGAAUGUGAUUGAUACCUGGACAAUAUCUCAUCAUCAGUUUUGUCCUGAUUUUAGAAAGUAAACAUUGAGUUCAAUAAACUUUUUACACCAUGAAAUGUAUUAUUAAUGUAUUUUAUUGGCUUAGCUUCUUCAUUAAAAUAUAUCACUUUUUUCUUUUU